AUGGGUCAUACUCCUAGAGUAUAUCCUUCUGGAUGUGAAAAAAGAAAGAUAAAGGAUAAACGAGACGAACUUGAUCGAUCUAUGAAAAGAAGAGGAGGUUUGCAUAGAUUUUUCGAUGCCGAACAAGUUAAUAAUAUAGAAAUAGUUGAAGAAUUGGUGAACGAGGAUGUCAAUGAUAAUGAAACAGUGGAGUUAGAAAAUCCAACUGUAGAUGGCAACCAAGAAACGAAAACAACCAAGGAUGGAGGUGACAAUGAUCCACAAGUUGAACAAGUGCUGAGUGAGCAAGUAAGUGAUGAUCCAAUCAAAUGGGACAAACUUGAUGUAAAGACGAGAGACUUUUUGGUAGAACGAGGCCCUAUAAGAGAUUUGGAUGAUGAUUUCGAGUACCCUCUUGACGAUUCUUGUAGACAUUUCUCUUCUACUCAUUACGUCCGACAAUUUCCAAAUGGAGAGAGACACAAGAGAAAGUGGUUAAUUUAUUCCAAAAUUGCUGAUAAGGUCUUUUGUUUUUGCUGCAAAUUGUUCAAGAAUGAGUCAAAUAAUACUCAAUUAGCGACCACUGGUUUUAAGGAUUGGAAAAAUCUUGCUCAUAGACUACAUAGUCAUGAAGGCAGCAGCGAACAUAUUAUUUGUAUGAGUAAGUGGAUCGAAUUGGAGAUGCGGCUAAAGAAAAAUGAAACAAUUGAUAAAGGUUUGCAAGAGCAAAUUAAUAGAGAGAAAGAUUAUUGGCGGCAAGUAUUGGUUCGAAUAAUUGCACUUGUGAGAACUCUUGCACAACAAAAUUUGGCAUUUAGAGGGGACAAUGAAACACUUCAUAAAGAUGGAAAUGGAAAUUUUUUGAAGUUCAUUGAAAUGGUUGCAAUGUUUGAUCCCAUAAUGCAAGAGCAUGUUCGAAGAAUUGAAACAAAAGAGAUUCAUUACCAUUAUCUCGGUAACAAGAUUCAAAAUGAAUUGAUUAAUUUAUUGGCUGGUGAAGUCAAGAGGGCUAUCGUGGAAAAAAUAAAAAAGCAAAAUACUUCUCUGUUAUACUUGAUUGUACGCCUGAUGUAA